AUGGCCGCCCGGGGGUGCCGGUACUUUCACGUACCCCCCCCCCCCGCCCACCCCAUCUCCCUGAGAAAAACAGAAUAGACCUCCUAGGCGUAGCAGCGCACAACGCCGGCAGCUGUCAAACCGGCAUCUCAUACGACGCCGGACGCACCUUCAAAGUGUCAAACCAUUCAUAGGUGACUGUCCCCACGGCGCCGUGGAAAACACCCUCUACACGACCGAGCAAACCUUCGACUUCCCCGUCCCCUCCAUCUCCCACCGCGGUAGCGGGCUCUUCGCCUGGACUUGGUUUACGGUAACCGGCUUCCGUCAGACGUACAUGAAUUGCGCGCACGUCGAGAUUGUCGGCGGUGGCGGCGGGGGAGGGUGGCCGACGGGGGCAUCAGACAUGUUCAUUGGGGAAAUAAACCAGUGCAAGACUCGAGAAUUCGGCAACUUGUACUUCCCCGACCCCGGCAGCGUGGUGCAGUUUGGCGGGAAACGGAAUUGGGUCAACGCUGGGCCCAUUGUGGUUUGCAGUAUUCCGCCCCAAGUGCUGCCAAGUGCCCUAAUGCCCAGGCGGAAGGCGAGGAUGGCGAGGAUGCUCAAUAGAGGGGUGGAGUUGGUUAAUAGGGCUUUUGGUGGUGGUGUUUGGGAUGCCGGGCGGAGGAGGGGUUGUACUAGCAUAUUGGAUCUGAUUGAAGGUUUACUAAUUGGCGGGCUCUUGUAA